AGGUAGUGACCAGAGAAUACACCAUCAACAUUCACAAGCGCAUCCAUGGAGUGUGAGUAUGUCUGCAGUCGGCCCGAUGCCUUGCUGGUUGGGGGCUUCUGAACUCACGCGUCUGGCUGUCACUCUGAGGGGUUUCAAGAAGCGUGCCCCUCGGGCACUCAAAGAGAUCCGGAAAUUUGCUAUGAAGGAGAUGGGAACCCCAGAUGUGCGCAUCGACACCAGGCUCAACAAAGCUGUCUGGGCCAAAGGAAUAAGGAAUGUUCCAUACCGUAUCCGUGUGCGGCUGUCCAGAAAACGUAACGAGGAUGAGGAUUCACCAAACAAGCUCUAUACGUUGGUUACCUAUGUACCUGUCACCACUUUUAAAAAUCUACAGACUGUUAAUGUGGAUGAGAACUAAUUGCUGAUUGUCAAAUAAAGGUAUAAAACUGCC